AUGAGUGUCAACGGCCCGGUUCCGCCACCUGACCCACUCGCCGCCACCGCAGAGGCUCUGCCCACGACGGCGGUGGCACCGGUGGGCUCACUGGCGGCGAAGAAGAGGCUGCAGUACGCCAAGAGUAAGAGCACCUCGGCCAACACACGGCCACAGAGAGCGCUGUUCUGCCUGAACCUGAACAACCCGUUGCGCCGGGCCUGCAUCAGCAUCGUGGAGUGGAAAUAUCCUUUACUGCCAUUUGAUAUCUUUAUACUAAUUGCUAUUUUUGCCAACUGCAUGGCCUUAGCCGUCUACAUCCCGUUUCCUGAAGACGACUCCAACUCGACCAAUCACGACCUGGAAACAGUUGAAUAUGCCUUCCUCAUCAUUUUUACAGUCGAGACCUUCCUAAAGAUCAUCGCGUACGGAUUAGUCAUGCAUCAGAACGCGUACGUCAGGAACGGCUGGAACAUGCUGGAUUUCGUCAUCGUUGUCAUUGGACUGUUCAGUGUUAUCCUCGAAGUUUUGACCAAAGAAGGGGGUGAACAGGAGGUAGGAAGCCCCGCCCCCUCCUCACAUGGCCAUGGAGGCAAACCGGGAGGCUUCGACGUCAAAGCUCUGCGAGCCUUCAGGGUGCUGCGACCCCUUCGCCUGGUCUCAGGAGUGCCUAGUUUACAGGUCGUAUUGAACUCCAUCAUUAAAGCCAUGGUUCCUCUUCUCCACAUUGCUCUGCUGGUCCUCUUCGUCAUCAUCAUCUACGCCAUCAUUGGCCUUGAGCUCUUCCUUGGGAAAAUGCACGCGACCUGCUUUACCGUCGGGUCAGCUGUAAUAGCGGAGGAAGACCCGGCUCCCUGUUCAGUAAAUGGUGACGGCCGUACCUGCACCCUGAACAAUACGGUGUGUAGAGAAGGCUGGAACGGCCCCAACGGUGGCAUCACCAACUUCGACAACUUCCUGUUUGCCAUGCUGACGGUAUUCCAGUGCAUCACGAUGGAGGGCUGGACGGACGUGCUCUACUGGAUGAAUGAUGCGAUGGGGAUGGAGCUGCCCUGGGUCUACUUUGUGAGCUUGGUCAUUUUUGGCUCUUUCUUCGUCCUGAACCUUGUUCUGGGAGUGUUGAGUGGUGAGUUCUCUAAGGAGCGAGAGAAGGCGAAGGCCCGUGGAGAUUUCCAGAAGCUCCGUGAGAGGCAGCAGAUGGAGGAUGAUCUUACAGGCUACCUGGACUGGAUCACACAAGCCGAGGACAUCGACCCUGACAACGAGGAUGAGGAAGAUGGGAUCAAACACAACCCGAGUGUUCCAGCGAGCGAUACUGAAUCCGUCAACACGGAUAAAGAUGACGACACGUGCUGUGGCCCUCUGUGUCGGAAAAUUUCAAAGUCAAAAUUCAGUCGGCGCUGGCGUCGCUGGAACAGGCUCUGCCGCAGGAAGUGCCGCUUGGCCGUGAAAUCUGUGCCGUUUUAUUGGCUAGUGAUCAUUCUGGUGUUCCUCAACACGCUCACCAUUUCAUCAGAGCACUACAACCAACCAGACUGGCUCACGGUAGUGCAGGGGGUGGCCAAUAAGGUGCUGCUGGCGAUGUUCACAACUGAGAUGCUGGUGAAGAUGUACAGUCUGGGUCUGCAGGCCUACUUUGUCUCGCUCUUUAACCGUUUCGACUGUUUUGUCGUAUGCGGCGGAAUCAUAGAGACGAUCCUAGUGGAACUUGAAAUCAUGCCUCCACUCGGCAUCUCUGUGCUCCGCUGCGUACGACUCCUGAGGAUCUUUAAAGUCACACGUCAUUGGGCGUCUCUCAGUAACCUGGUGGCAUCUCUGCUGAACUCCAUGAAGUCCAUCGCCUCGCUGCUGCUCCUGCUCUUCCUCUUCAUCAUCAUCUUCGCUCUGCUCGGGAUGCAGGUGUUUGGCGGCAAGUUCAACUUUGACGACGUACACCAAAAACGGAGCAGUUUCGACAACUUCCCCCAGGCCCUGCUGACCGUCUUUCAGAUUCUGACAGGUGAAGACUGGAACCAGGUGAUGUAUGAUGGCAUCAUGGCGUAUGGCGGACCUUCGUCAUCAGGAAUGAUCGUGUGCAUUUACUUCGUCAUCCUCUUCGUCUGUGGGAACUACAUCCUGCUGAAUGUGUUCUUGGCCAUCGCCGUGGACAACCUGGCGGACACGGAUUCGCUCAGUACUAAGAAGACCACUGAUGACAAUCUCGAUGAUGAGGAAGAAUUCAAGGUUCCAGUUGAAGAUGAGAAAGAGAAUGCAGAAGAGGAGGAGUAUGAAGAGGAGGCUCCAUCAGGGCCUCGUCCCACCAUCGCAGAGCUGGUGAGGAAAGAGAAGAUUGUACCGAUACCAGAGGGCACCGCCUUCUUCUGUUUCAGCAAUACAAACCCGUUUCGUGUUUUGUGCCACAAGAUAAUAAACCACCACAUCUUUACCAACAUAAUCCUCGUCUUCAUCAUGCUCAGCUCCGCCUCCCUCGCUGCUGAGGAUCCAAUCAGAACCCACUCUUUCCGCAAUAUUGUCCUCGGCUAUGCCGAUUAUGUCUUCACUAGUGUUUUUACAUUUGAGAUUGUUUUGAAGAUGAUGACAUUCGGAGCGGUUCUCCACAAGGGGGCGUUCUGCAGGAACUACUUUAACUUGCUGGACCUGCUGGUGGUCGGCGUGUCACUGGUGUCAUUUGGGAUACAAUCUUCAGCGAUCUCAGUCGUGAAGAUUCUGCGUGUGCUGAGGGUGCUGAGGCCCCUCAGAGCCAUCAAUAGAGCCAAAGGACUGAAGAACGUGGUCCAGUGUGUGUUUGUGGCCAUCAGGACCAUCGGGAACAUCAUGAUCGUCACAUCGUUGCUCCAGUUCAUGUUCGCCUGUAUCGGAGUGCAGCUCUUUAAGGGGAAGUUUUACCGCUGCAGUGACGAGGCCAAAUCAAGCCCGGAGGAGUGCAAGGGUACGUUCAUCAUGUACAAAGACGGAGACAUGAAUCAUCCCACCAUCCAGAAACGUCAGUGGUACAACAGCGACUUCAACUUCGACAAUGUGCUCAUGGCCAUGAUGGCGCUCUUCACCGUGUCCACCUUCGAGGGUUGGCCAGCGCUUCUCUACAAGGCCAUCGACUCGAACAAGGAGAACUUUGGUCCCAUCUACAACUACCGUGUGGAGAUCUCCAUUUUCUUCAUCAUCUACAUCAUCAUCAUCGCCUUCUUCAUGAUGAACAUCUUCGUGGGUUUCGUCAUCGUGACGUUUCAGGAGCAGGGAGAGAAAGAGUACCAGAACUGUGAACUGGACAAGAACCAGCGCCAGUGUGUGGAGUAUGCACUUAAAGCCCAACCUCUGAGGCGCUACAUCCCUAAAAACCCCUAUCAGUACAAGUUCUGGUACGUGGUGAACUCCACAGCCUUCGAGUACAUCAUGUUUGUCCUCAUCAUGCUCAACACCAUCUGCCUGGCUGUACAGCACUAUGGGCAGUCUCAGACGUUUAACUACGUGAUGGACAUCCUGAACAUGAUGUUCACCUCAGUCUUCACUGUGGAGAUGGUCCUCAAACUGAUCGCCUUCAAACCCAAGCAUUAUUUCACUGAUGCUUGGAACACGUUUGAUGCCUUAAUUGUAGUUGGUAGCGUCGUAGAUAUUGCUAUCACUGAAGCCAAUCCCACAGAGGCUCCGCAGGUGGAUGAGUCGGGGAAUCCAGAAGAAAACGCUCGCAUCUCCAUUACCUUCUUUCGGCUGUUCAGAGUGAUGCGACUGGUCAAGCUGCUCAACAGGGGGGAGGGAAUUCGUACCCUUCUGUGGACCUUCAUCAAGUCUUUCCAGGCUUUGCCGUAUGUGGCUCUGCUGAUCGCCAUGCUGUUCUUCAUCUACGCCGUCAUCGGCAUGCAGAUAUUUGGGAAGAUAGCCAUGGUAGAUGGCACACAAAUCAACCGGAACAACAACUUCCAGACUUUUCCACAAGCCGUGCUUCUGCUGUUUCGAUGUGCCACAGGUGAGGCGUGGCAGGAUAUCAUGCUGGCGUGUAUGUCCGGGAAACUCUGUGACCCAGAGUCGGACUAUAAUCCAGGAGAGGAGAUGACCUGCGGCAGCAGCUUCGCAAUUGUCUACUUCAUCACAUUCUACAUGCUUUGUGCAUUACUGAUCAUUAACUUGUUCGUGGCCGUCAUCAUGGACAACUUUGACUAUCUGACGCGUGAUUGGUCCAUCUUGGGACCGCAUCACCUCGACGAGUUUAAGAGGAUAUGGUCCGAAUACGAUCCAGAAGCCAAGGGCAGAAUAAAACAUUUAGAUGUCGUGACACUACUGAGGCGCAUUCAGCCUCCGCUCGGCUUCGGAAAACUGUGUCCUCACAGAGUCGCAUGCAAGCGUCUAGUGGCCAUGAACAUGCCCCUGAACAGUGAUGGCACUGUGAUGUUUAACGCCACACUGUUUGCACUGGUCAGGACUGCACUGAAGAUCAAAACAGAUGGUAAUUUGGAGCAGGCAAAUGAGGAGCUGCGAGCCGUAAUUAAGAAGAUCUGGAAGAGGACCAGCAUGAAGCUGCUUGACCAAGUGGUGCCCCCUGCUGGUGAUGAUGAGGUAACCGUGGGGAAGUUCUAUGCCACCUUUCUGAUACAGGACUACUUUAGGAAAUUCAAGAAACGCAAAGAGGAAGGACUGGUGGGAGUGCACCUUGUGCAGAACAACACGGCCAUCACGCUGCAGGCUGGUCUCCGCACGCUACAUGAUAUUGGGCCCGAAAUCCGCCGUGCCAUAUCAUGUGACCUCCAGGAUGAGGAGCUAGUAGACUUUAUACCUGAGGAGGACGAGGAGAUUUAUAGGCGAAACGGUGGCCUUUUCGGCAAUCACAUUAACCACAUCAACGGCGAUCCCCACCGAGGUUCCGGGCAUCAGACCAACGCCACGCAGCGCCCCCUGCAGGUUCAUCCUCCCCCGCACUACGCCGACAUGGAACAGCCCGUGGGCCGGCUGGACCGCGCCAACGCCAUGGCCCAACAUAAUCAUCAUCACCACCAUCAUCAUCAUCACAAUCACCACAAUUCUUACAGCAAGUCACCCAAGUCCACCAACAUCAAUCUGAACAAUGCUAACAUGUCCAGCCUGCCCAAUGGAGGCCACAAUCGCUACUACCAGCACGUCCCGGCGAACGGCUACACCGGAUCAUACUACCCAGGCGAAUAUGAAAAGCCCAGGACGCCACACGGACAGAGAAGGCGCUACUAUGAGACCUAUAUUAGGUCACGUGGCAGUAUCAGGCGCCAGCCCACGAUUCGUCGCGAGGAAGAGUUUGAUGACGACCGCUACUCUGGGGAGUACUACAGCGGAGAAGAGUAUUAUGAAGAAGAUGGCAUGCUGUCGGGAGACAGGUAUCCCAGCAGCGAUCAGGAGUACGAGACUCCCCGUGGCUACCAUCAUCCCGACAGUUACUAUGACGAUGAUGAGCAGCCCCUUUACCACGACUCGUAUAGGUCACCAAAGAGACGGCGGCUUCCUCCAACACCACAGGGCAACCGGAGGCCGUCUUUCAACUUUGAGUGUCUGCGCAGACAGAGCAGCCAGGAUGAGCUUCCUCGCCAGCGCACUGCUCUUCCACUCCAUUUAAUGCAACAUCAGGUGAUGGCAGUAGCAGGGCUUGACUGGAGUAGAGCUCACAGAGUCUCACCUACUCGCUCCACUCGCUCGUGGGCCACGCCUCCUGCCACGCCUGCCAGUAAAGACCGCACCCCCUACUACACACCCAUGAUCCGAGUGGACCGCCCACACCGGCACAGCAUGGGCGGCAGCUACUGCUCGGUGAGGAGGAGCUCAUGGUACACAGAUGAGCCGGAGUACCAGCAGAGCACCUACUCACCAGUGCACCUGCAAAUCCCACCCGAGUAUCGGAACCAGUACCACCAGAAGAGAGGCAGUGCCACCAGCCUUGUUGAGGCGGUUUUGAUAUCAGAAGGACUUGGCAGAUACGCGAAGGACCCAAAGUUUGUGUCGGCUACGAAGCACGAGAUCGCAGACGCCUGCGAUAUGACCAUCGACGAGAUGGAAAGUGCGGCGAGCCACCUGCUGAACGGCGGAGUCACGCCCGGGGUCAACGGGGUUAACGUUUACCCAGUCAUGACUCAAAGAGAGUAUGACGUGCAGGACGUUUCGGCCAACUACAGCGACGAAGAGCCAGAAGCUGAAUCCCGGCCUCGUUACGAGGAGGACUUGGCGGACGAAAUGAUAUGCAUCACCACGUUAUAGCGUCCAGUUAGCAGCCCAAGCUAACGGACUUAGUUGUCACACAAAACCGAAAUGCAUCUAUUGGCUUAUAACCAAAAGAAGUGCCUUCCUUUCCAGUGGAGUCGAAAGGCACCAGGUGUAAGGACACGCUUGCCCCGCCUACUCUCUCCCUACUGGUCGAGGUGCAUAUCCAUCACAGGCCGGGGGGGGGCGAGGGAUCACUUUGCCAGGAAACAGUGUUCCACUCUGUCGGACUUCUGACAGUGAUGCUUUCGGCUCGCCGCUGAGCUGAUGACGAAGUCCGUGCUCGACUGUGACUGGCUGCUUGUGCUGUCACUCACGACAGGCUACGGACCAGUGAGCAGCGACCGUCAGUGUUUUCUCCAAGGUGAUGACAAUCAGAUUCAAAAUGUCAUUACCUCAGUCACUUUAUUAAGGGUUUUUGCAUAUCAUGCAUGUUUUCAAUGCAACCUAAGUAAGGCAUAUCUCCCCGUCGAGGCUUUAGUUUCAACCGAUUCAUGAAAGAUUGAUGAGAAUCACUAACUCUUUCGAUAACCAACACCGGGAAGACCGUUCUGGACUUCUGACAGAGAUCUUAUUGCAUUUUAAAAUCUGGAAAUUAGAUACCUUUUUAAAAAAGAAAUAAAAGAUUGCAGCGUUUGUGUUGAAAACAC